GAGGAGGAGUCGGUGGGCCGGCGGCGGGCCGGUGGGAGCGCGGAGGAUGAGGCCGCUGCCGGGUGUUCCCGGCGUGGCGGCGGCCGCCGCGCUGUUGCUGCUGCUGCUGCUGCCCCGGGCCCGGGCGGACGAGCACGAGCACACGUAUCAAGAUAAAGAGGAAGUUGUCUUAUGGAUGAAUACUGUUGGGCCCUACCAUAAUCGCCAAGAGACAUAUAAGUACUUUUCACUUCCAUUCUGUGUGGGGUCAAAAAAAAGCAUCAGUCACUACCAUGAAACUCUGGGAGAAGCACUUCAAGGAGUUGAAUUGGAAUUUAGUGGUCUGGAUAUUAAAUUCAAAGAUGAUGUGAUGCCAGCCACUUACUGUGAAAUUGACUUAGAUAAAGAAAAGAGAGAUGCAUUUGUGUAUGCUAUCAAAAAUCACUACUGGUACCAGAUGUACAUAGAUGACUUACCAAUAUGGGGUAUUGUUGGUGAAGCAGAUGAAAAUGGGGAAGAUUACUAUCUUUGGACCUAUAAAAAACUUGAAAUAGGUUUUAAUGGAAAUCGAAUUGUUGAUGUUAAUCUAACUAGUGAAGGAAAAGUAAAACUGGUUCCCAAUACUAAAAUCCAGAUGUCAUAUUCGGUAAAAUGGAAAAAGUCAGAUGUAAAAUUUGAAGAUCGAUUUGACAAAUACCUUGAUCCAUCCUUUUUUCAACACAGGAUUCACUGGUUUUCAAUUUUCAACUCUUUCAUGAUGGUUAUCUUCUUGGUGGGCUUAGUUUCAAUGAUCUUAAUGAGAACUUUAAGAAAAGAUUAUGCCCGGUACAGUAAAGAAGAAGAAAUGGAUGACAUGGAUAGAGACCUAGGAGAUGAGUAUGGAUGGAAGCAGGUGCAUGGAGAUGUAUUUAGACCAUCAAGUCACCCGCUGAUAUUUUCCUCUCUCAUUGGUUCUGGAUGUCAGAUAUUUGCUGUGUCUCUCAUUGUUAUUAUUGUUGCAAUGAUAGAAGAUUUGUAUACAGAGAGGGGGUCAAUGCUCAGUACAGCCAUAUUUGUCUAUGCUGCUACAUCUCCAGUGAAUGGUUAUUUUGGAGGAAGUCUGUAUGCUAGACAAGGAGGAAGGAGAUGGAUAAAGCAGAUGUUUAUUGGUGCAUUCCUCAUCCCAGCUAUGGUGUGUGGAACUGCCUUCUUCAUCAAUUUUAUAGCCAUUUAUUACCAUGCUUCGAGGGCCAUUCCUUUUGGAACAAUGGUGGCCGUUUGUUGCAUCUGUUUUUUUGUUAUCCUUCCUCUAAAUCUUGUUGGUACAAUACUUGGCCGAAAUCUGUCAGGUCAACCGAACUUUCCGUGUCGUGUCAAUGCUGUGCCUCGUCCCAUACCGGAGAAAAAAUGGUUCAUGGAGCCUGCAGUUAUUGUUUGCCUGGGAGGAAUUUUACCUUUUGGCUCAAUCUUUAUUGAAAUGUAUUUCAUCUUCACAUCUUUCUGGGCGUAUAAGAUCUAUUAUGUCUAUGGCUUCAUGAUGCUGGUGCUGGUCAUCCUGUGCAUUGUGACCGUCUGUGUGACCAUCGUGUGCACAUACUUUCUACUAAAUGCAGAGGAUUAUAGGUGGCAAUGGACAAGUUUUCUCUCUGCUGCAUCAACUGCAAUUUAUGUUUACAUGUAUUCCUUUUACUACUAUUUUUUCAAAACAAAGAUGUAUGGCUUAUUUCAGACAUCAUUUUACUUUGGAUAUAUGGCGGUAUUUAGCACAGCCUUAGGGAUAAUGUGUGGAGCAAUUGGUUACAUGGGAACAAGUGCCUUUGUCCGAAAAAUCUAUACUAAUGUGAAAAUUGACUAAAAACCCAAGAAAACCUGGAACUUCGGAUCAAUUUCUCUUUCACAGGGGUGGAACUUGCACAGCAAAAAAAGCGCAAGAAGAGAUUUGGGCUUUAACACUGGGUACUUUGUGGGUCUCUCUUUCGUGGAUGGCUUAAAGUAACAUCUAUUUCCAUUGAUCCUAGGUUCUUAACUGACUGCUUUCUCCAACUGUUCACAGCAAAUGCUUGGAUUUUAUGCAGUAGGCAUUACUACAGUACAUGGCUAAUCUUCCCAAAAACUAGCUCAUUAAAGAUGAAAUAGACCAGCUCUCUUCAGUGAAGAGGACAAAUAGUUUAUUUAAAGCAUUUGUUCCAAUAAAAGAAAUAGAGGGAAACUUGGAUGCUAAAAUUACAUGAAUAGAAAUCUUCCUGGCACUAGUGUUUCUAUGUUAUUGAAAAAUGAUGUUCCAGAAAGAUUAAUUUUUUCUCUUAUUUUUACUGCCAUCGUCAACUUAUUGUGGGACAUUUUUAUAUAUUGAACCUAGGUUCUUUUUUGACCUGCCUUUUUUUUUUUUUCCAAUUCAACUGCAUCCUUUUUUGUUUUUACAGAGAGAAUUUAAAAAUAUUAAAUCCUGCGUGUAAUAUAUCUGCUGUCAUCUUAGUUGGACCAACUUCCCAUUUAUUUAUCUUAAAACUAUCCAAUUACAUCUUAAUUCCAUCCAAAGAAGAUACAGUCUGAAGAUAGAGGUGUACUCUCUACAAUGCAAUUUACUGUACAGUUAGAAAGCAAAGUAUUAAAUGGAGGAGAUAUUUGUUUUUAUUAAACAUUUUGUGAUUUAGAUAAACUACAUUUUAACUGAAUGUCUAAAGUGAUUAUCUGCCCCCUCCCCCCAAGUUAGUCUUACAUCUUUUUUGGGUUUGAAUGAAGGUUUUACAUAAGAAAUUAUUAAAAACAAGGGGGGUGGGUAAUAAAUGUAUAUAACAUUAAAUAAUGUAACGUAGGUGUAGAUUCCCAAAUGCAUUUGGAUGUACAGAUUGACUACGGAGUACUUUUUUCUGAUAUGAUUGGUGUAGAAAUGUGUGAAUUUGGUUGGCUUUUUACAUCUUGCCUACCACUGCAUGAAACAUUGGGGUUUCUUCAAAAUGUGUGUGUUCAUACUUCUUUUGGGAGGGGGAAUUGUUUUCUUUGUUUUUUUCCUGAGACUCCUACAAGAGCUAAAUUUGUAAUUUAGAAACAUUUAAUUUUGUUAAUCCUGUCUGGGGCACUUAAGUAACAUCUAAAGCAUUACUGCUUUAGAAUGUUAAAAUAAAACUUCCUGACCAAA